UUUCCGUACAUAUAACCAAAACUUUUUAUUUUUAAACAAUGGCCAAAGAACAAAAGAAAGAGAAGAAGGUCAAGGUCGCCAAGACCGAAGGUUCUGACAACGAAGAAGAAACCCCUCGUUUCCAAUCUCCUAUUGCUCACCCUUUAGCUGAAAAGAAGCUCGUUAAGAAGCUUUACAAGACCAUCAAGAAGGCCAGUAAGGUUAAGCACGUUCGUCGUGGUGUUAAGGAAGUCGGUAAGGCUCUCCGUAAGGGAGAGAAGGGUCUUGUCAUCAUUGCUGGUGAUAUUUCUCCUUUGGAUGUUAUUUCUCAUAUGCCCGUCCUCUGUGAAGACUCCAACGUCCCCUAUGUUUUUGUUCCCUCCAAGGAGGAAUUAGGUGAAGCCUCUUCUACCAAGCGUCCCACCUCUGUUACCAUGAUUGUUCUCGGUGGUAAGGGUAAGGACAUGAAGGCUGCUGCCGACUAUAAGGAAUUAUACGAUGAGUGUCAUUCCGCUGCUAAGGAUUUGGAUGAGAAGCUUGUCUAUUAAAUAUUAGAAUUUGUCCACAACUCUCAUUAUUGUUUAAAAUUGUUUUUUAUUUCCCUCUAUUCUUACUCUUUUUUGCUCUCUGUAUCUCAUCAACAACAACAUUAACGACACUACCUUCAAAUUCAUAUCUUCUCUUUUUUUGUUUUACAUAAAAAAAAUCUAGUACAUAUAGUAAUGUGGAGGAAAAAAUCACUUUGACAUCCAUAUUUUGUAAACAAAAAAAAAUAAAAAAAUCUAUCAUAUAUGUCUUAUUUCUGUC